GGGGGCUGGGAGGGAGGAAGGGGGCGAGAUUAGGCAGCCGUCCAUCUCCUCCUGCUUCUCCCAGAAAACAGGUGAUGCUCCUGGCCAGCGAACGCUCUCUGGAUGCAGGCCGGGCUGCGGCGGGAAGGAUGUUAUAGGCGAGCGGAGGUGAAGGCCGACGGCAGGAGCGAACUUGCCGAAAAGGAGGGGAGGGGAGGGCAGAGCAAGCCAAACUUUGACGGAGGCCUACAUCGCCGAGCGGCGGCUGCGAGCAGAAGCCCGAGCUUCUCCAGAGAGAGCCAGAAGCAAAGACAAACUUUGGCUGUUCGUCUCUUUCUAGGACUUCUAUUUUUUGGGGGAGGGGGAAGGGAACACUUGGCGGUGCGAGUCUCGUGACUUUCAGGGCUCCGUGGAUAUUAUCCUUUAAAAAAAAAAAAAAACACUCGCAAAGAACAACAAAUUUAGAGGCAUCUGUUCGAGUGGAUCAGACUUUUUAAAUGUUUGGGAUUCAAGAUACGUUAGGAAGAGGACCAGCUCUGAAAGAGAAAGCUCUAGGCGCAGAGAUGGAUUCGGUCCGGUCCUGGGUUCGAAACGUCGGAGUGGUGGAUGCGAACGUUGCGGCACAAAGCGGAGUCGCCUUGUCCCGGGCUCAUUUUGAGAAACAGCCUCCUUCCAACUUGCGCAAAUCCAAUUUCUUCCACUUUGUCUUGGCCCUCUAUGAUCGGCAGGGUCAGCCGGUGGAGAUCGAAAGGACCGCCUUCGUGGACUUCGUGGAGAACGACAAAGAACAAGGCAACGAGAAGACCAACAACGGCACCCACUACAAAUUACAGCUGCUUUAUAGCAAUGGGGUCAGGACCGAACAGGACCUCUUUGUGCGGCUCAUCGAUUCGGUCACGAAGCAGCCCAUAGCUUAUGAGGGCCAAAACAAGAACCCGGAGAUGUGCAGAGUUCUGCUCACACACGAAGUCAUGUGCAGUCGGUGCUGUGAAAAGAAGAGCUGUGGCAAUCGCAAUGAGACUCCUUCAGACCCAGUCAUCAUCGACAGAUUCUUUUUAAAAUUUUUCCUGAAGUGCAAUCAGAAUUGUUUGAAAACAGCGGGAAACCCCAGGGACAUGAGGCGCUUCCAGGUGGUGCUAUCAACAACCGUGAAUGUGGACGGACAUGUGCUGGCUGUUUCUGACAACAUGUUUGUUCACAACAAUUCUAAGCACGGGCGGAGAGCGAGGAGGCUGGACCCGUCUGAAGCUACACCCUGCAUCAAAGCUAUCAGCCCGAGUGAAGGUUGGACCACCGGUGGGGCCAUGGUGAUCAUCAUAGGGGACAAUUUCUUCGAUGGACUCCAAGUUGUAUUUGGGACGAUGCUUGUAUGGAGUGAGCUGAUAACACCUCACGCUAUAAGAGUCCAGACUCCGCCUCGGCACAUCCCUGGAGUGGUGGAAGUGACAUUAUCAUAUAAGUCUAAACAGUUCUGUAAAGGGGCCCCAGGAAGGUUCAUUUACACAGCAUUAAAUGAGCCCACCAUCGACUAUGGCUUCCAGAGAUUGCAGAAAGUCAUCCCGAGGCAUCCUGGAGAUCCAGAAAGACUAGCUAAGGAAAUGCUGUUGAAAAGAGCAGCCGAUUUAGUGGAAGCCCUUUAUGGAACACCGCACAAUAACCAGGACAUCAUUUUGAAGCGAGCUGCUGACAUCGCCGAGGCUCUCUACAGUGUCCCGAGGAAUCCCAGCCAGAUCCCAGCGCUGUCCAGCUCUCCAGCUCACACUGGCAUGAUGGGUAUCAACUCCUACGGCAGCCAGCUAGGGGUCAGCAUCUCAGAGUCCACACAGGGAAAUAACCAAGGUUACAUCCGGAACACAAGCAGCAUCUCUCCCCGUGGCUACUCUUCCAGUUCCACUCCCCAGCAGUCCAACUACAGCACGUCCAGCAACAGCAUGAAUGGCUACAGCAAUGUGCCCAUGGCCAACCUGGGCGUACCGGGCUCCCCAGGCUUCUUAAAUGGCUCCCCCACAGGAUCCCCUUAUGGAAUAAUGUCUUCAAGUCCUACAGUUGGCUCUUCCAGUUCCUCCUCCAUCCUCCCGUUCUCGUCUUCCGUCUUCCCAGCUGUCAAACAGAAGAGUGCCUUUGCUCCUGUCAUUAGACCCCAAGGCUCCCCUUCUCCGGCCUGCUCUAGUGGAAAUGGAAAUGGAUUCAGAGCCAUGACCGGCCUUGUCGUCCCCCCAAUGUAAGAGAAGGAAGAGUUGCGUCUCAGAACACACAACUACUUCAUCUGAUGGACCACUAAUAUGGAAAGCACUAAGAGCUCUUUGGGGGGGGAGGUCCCAUGCCCCCCGAGGGAACACUCUCUGGAUUUGGAUAUGCAAGGAGCCUGCAUCUUACCUGGUCUCAUGUCUCUCCCGUAGCCGAGAAAUCGGCUGCCCAAGCUCCAACCCCACUAGUGGAUAAGGACAGAUACUGUCAUCGGCAUGCAUGGUCAGUACUAAGGACAGAAAUGUGGUUCUUUCUUUAUGGACUUGAUGAAAACCACCUUCCUAUGUUUGUAAAAUAUUUAAGAAAAAAAAAUUGGCAAACAAUUCAAGCUCGAUAUUUUGGAUACUAUUUGUUUUUCUUUGUAGGAAAAAAAAAAGUUGAAAGUUUCUAUUUUCUAUGAAGCCUUUCAGAUACCAAUUUAGUUUAUGCAGAAAAAAAAAUUUGAACAAAACAGGGUACCCGCAUGGAAGACUUUCUUAAAACAAAACCUGAAUCGAAUGAUGAUGAUAUGUUGUUGUAUGUGUGUUUGCUUAUAGUUUAAUCUCUUUAAAAAACAAAAAAACACAAAAAAAGGAAAAAUUUUAAAAUGUUUUACAAUUAUUUAAAUAAAUAAAUGUGUAACUUAUUGUAAGUAGAGGUAGAAAUUAAGACCUUUUUGGAAAGGAGGGGUAUUUUCUCCUCCUCUUGUACAAUGAAAAUGAUGCAAAACUGUAGUUCCAAGAUAAAAAGACAUAAGGUGUGUGAUUGUUACCACUGCUAUUUCCUGGAUGCCCACUCCUGUCCUCUCUACGCCCCACCCCCCUUCCCUGUUCCAUCCUUGUAUAGAUCCAUAUGCAAGGACCGCGGUAGCCCGUCUG